AUGUUUUAUCAUUCUGGCGGCCCCGAUCCAAGCAUCCGGCCCCUGACCACCUACGGCUUCCCGGACGACCUCUUAGAUGAGGAUGACAUCGUGAGCGUGGACCAGCGGGGCAUUGGCUUGUCAGCGAUCGCAACGGUUUACGGCAUCUAUCCCAGCUCCCUCUCUGAUGAACAGAUCUAUGAUUUCUUGAUGGAUGCCAAAUCCCGGAAGCUCAAUGGGAAUUUGGCACAGCGUGUUGAAGUCCAGGGAGUGGGAAAGUUAGCUCCCCGUUGUGCCGACUUGGCCGAGUCCAUGCCGUUCAGUGUCCCCGGCGAUUGGGGCAAUGUAGAGCUCUUGUACAAGCACCUCGACGACAAAAUGAAGAUGACCACCUUGUGCAUGGACAGAUACCGUCGAGAUGCUGGAGAUGGCAGUUCGUACCAACCCUUGCAGUACGUCGGAACAGGUGCUCUCGUUAAUGACAUUGAGUGGAUGCGCUGGGCCUUUGGUGCACCGAGCAUCACCGUCGUCGGUGCAUCGUACGGGACUCGUGUUGCAGCCGCAUGCUCGUCGGCCUUUCCAAAUUCUCUGAAACGAGUCGCCGUGACCGGCCUCAUGGCACCUCAGCCAGACCUAUUGAAGUAUGCAGAGGAGGCGGCCAAAAACGUUGCCCAGGUGCUCGGCUUUCUCUAG